AUGGCUGUUGCAAGCUAUAGUAAAUGUCAUAUUCAAUUCAUUCCAAAUAAUCGACAACGUCCUGAGCAUAAUUAUUCAGAUAGAACAUUAAUUGAAUUGAGACAAUAUGAUUUUGAUGAUUUUUCAUUCCGAGCUGUUGAUGUAGAUAAUAACAACGCAGAAAUCUUUAAUAUUCCAUUUAAACAAUCGGAUCAAUAUAAGUAUGGACAAACAGUCAAUCAACCGGAUGAGAUUCAUACUAAUGCUGGAACUUAUAAAUUAUGGUUGAAUGGUAAUACACGUGAUGAAUUUCAUCAAACAGUAAAUACAUGUAGCGAAUUGCUACCUUCUGAUAAACGACCGAAUUUAGCUUUCAACGAUUCAGAUCAAGAUACUGAUGAUGAUGAUGAUAAUGACAGUAGUGAUGUCUUCGAUGAUGAUACUCGUAAUGAAUUUGAUAUACAUGUUCCACCUGUUGCUUGUCCCAAGGAACUUCUACUUGAGACUUAUCGUUUGGGCAAAUAUAUUGAAAUAGGUGCUUCAAAUGCAGCUGCUCAAUUAGCUUCUGAAUUAGCUUCACAAAAUAUUCGACUUAAAGCAAACUCACUGAGAGCAACAGAAAAUGAAAAAGAAUUCACAAUAUAUGUUCAACUUGAUGGCAAUGAAUAUGGUAUUGAUCAAAAUGGUGGGAAAAUUCCUGUUGAUGUUUUUCGAUUAACAACAGUUCGAGAAUUACGUGCAAUUUUCGAAUUCGCGUAUCAGUAUCCUCCAACUAAUCAAUAUUUUUUUGUUAAUGGUUGUUUAGCUCAUGAUGAUUCAACAAUGAAAAGUUUAAAUGUUGGACCAAAUUCUUUAUUUGUUUUAUUUGUCUUAACACAUCCAAGAAAUUUUCAAAACAUUGCAAGUACAACCAAUGAUUCAUCUUCAAGUGUAACACCAGUGUCUGCUUAUUGGGAAUGUGUUGAUUGUCAUACAUAUAAUCCAUCAUCACGUAAAUCAUGUAAAACAUGUCGUCGUCUUCGACAAGAUUUACUUGAUCAAUGUCUUAAAGAAUCAAAAACACAACAGUCUGAGAAAACAGGUAUUGAACCAAAAUUAAAAACUUCAUCGAAUCAAAUAACUACAAAUAAUAACAACGAAUCAACUUGCUUUACAACUACAACAACAAAACCGCCACCAAAUUGGUAUUGUGUUAUUUGUUCACAUCAUAAUUGUAAUAAUGAUUCAGCAACAAUAUGUGCUGGUUGUGGAAGUAUAUUUAUGACAAAUAUAGAAUAUCUUAAUUUUGUACAUGAACAAGAAAAACAAUUAUUACGUUAUCAAGAAGAUUCCAAAGCAUUUCGAGAAGAUUUACGUGAACAAGCACAUGCUGCUUAUUAUAAAAAUAAUGACGAAUUUGAAUGUAUUAUUUGUUAUGAAUUAAUAGGAAAAAAUAAGGGAGUUUUAUUUCAUCAUUGUUUACAUCCAAUGUGUAAACGUUGUGUAUUACAAAUGAUUGAAACAAGUACUGAACCAUUACUUAAAUGUCCACAUGAUGAUUGUACAACAAUUAUUGGUGAAAGAGAAUUACGUGGCGUUGUUAAAGAUAUGAAACGUGAUCAAAAAUUAGUUGAUAGAUUAAAUGAAAUCGGUGUACGUUGGGCUGAAAGUAGACAUAAAACUUUUCAUUGUAUUACACCUGAUUGUAAACAAUGGUGGUUCACUGAACAAGUACAAGGAAAUAAUAUCGUCUAUUGUGAUGGAUGUAAACAUUGGAUUUGUAUGACUUGUGUAGCUGUGCAUGAAGGUCAAAAUUGUCUAGAAUAUCAGGAAGAUCUCAAAAUUCGAGCUAUGAACGAUAUAACAGCUCGUAAAGAUCAAGAACAUUUAGAAGAGAUGAUCAAAAGAAAAGAAGCAAUGCAUUGUCCCGGUUGUCAAGUCAUUAUACAAAAAUUGUCUGGUUGCGAUUGGUUACAAUGUACACAAUGUAAAAUGGAGAUUUGUUGGCCAACUCGUGGUCCCCGAUGGGGUCCAGGUGGUCGUGGUGAUACAUCGGGUGGAUGCCGAUGUCGCAUGGAUAAAGGCAAAUUAUGUACAAAAGAUUGUCAAAAUUGUCAUUAA